CCCCCUUUUCCAACAUGAACCUUCUUCCUCCAUCCACAAAAGUUUCUCCCAGACCACUUCCAACCAUCAUCUACAGCAUUGCUGCCAGCCACUUUCUUCCACAUCAUUGCCACAGUCUAUCUCCGACUGCAACCACUGCUCCGUCCUCCGGCACAUUCUCGCCAGACCAACGGACCUUGGCGUCCUCUGCCAACACCAUCAAAACACCUCUCAACACGCUGCAACUCACAGCUCCUCCAUAUCCCACGGCUUAUUCAACAGUCUUCAACCACUCCUCUCCCAGGGCAGAGUUCUCUUUUCUUCUCCAUGGUCUCCCACCCGGGAACCUGAUCGUCAUGAAAGCACAGGUAUGUCCACGUCCGUCAAGUGAGUCAAGACUCAACUAACAUGGGAACGAACAGACGUCCACAAGACACCUGCUGCCAUCACUGCACUCGUCCCAGAUACCAUCGACGCCACCUCAAGAGCCAGUCCUCACUUCUGGAUGGAGGCGAAAGAGCCGGUACAAGAACCGUCAUGGGUCACCAAAAGCUCAAUUUGUACUUCCUCGUCAAAGAUAUGGGGGGGCAUGGCAUCCCCAUUCACCUCAAUGGCAAGCUCAUUUGCUUUGAGAAAUUCUCGGCUCACUUGCGAGCCCAUCCGACAGCAUUUCAAAAGCCACUCGCCGACUCAGAAAAGGUGACACCGGAUCUAGUCAAGAGCACGACAACCCUACAAGAGAUGCAGAAGGAAGGAAUCGUGCGACUCCGCCAAGGCCUUAACUCUCCAUUGGAGAGUGUCAUGAUGCGGCAAGGCUUGGGCAGACCAGCCGCCGAGCAGGCCGCCAAGAAGACCAACGCUCGCAAGAGCACCGACGACGACGACGACGACGACGACGACGACGAUGAGAUUGAGACGCCCAGGAAGCGUCAGAAGCAUCUUGCCAACUGCCGAAAGGCGUUACGCGCCCUUGACGAGAUGUACAAGGGUGAAGGGUUUUUGUCUGAGGCUGAGAGGACUCCCGCCCCCCCAAGCAAUGCUUCCCGAGCAGCGCUCGUGCCCUCCUCGCGUGCUGAGGCGCACCAAAUGAUUGCCGACCUGCACAGAUGGUUGGCCGAUCCUCCCAUCCUCGUCGUCUGCCAGUCUUACCACGAGAGCCAGUGGUCCGCAGAGAUAUACACCCACAUCGACAUCGAUGGGAGCGGACUGAGGAUUGGUGUUCUCCAAGCGCAACCACACAAGGACAUCUCUACAGAGUGGAUGAUGAAUAACUACGACAUCAUCAUCGUGUCUUCAAGCUACGUUGCACAGCGGUAUGAGGAGAUCAAGGCCCACGCGCGCUUCUACGAGCUGGUGCACGCUACAUCGCGGUCAUACGCAGUCGAGCAGCAUCGCCAAACCCCUCAGGUAAUUGAGACCCCCGAGGCAACGCUGCCAUUCCGGUUUUGCGACUUGCCUCCCGUCCACAAUCUGUCGUUCUCGGUGAUGAUACUCGACGAGUCACACCAGGCAAAGAACCCUGAUACUCUGAUCCAUCAGGCUAUCCGUUCACUGCCAUACGAAAAGGCCAUCCUGAUCACUGCGACGCCACAAUUCAACAAGACUGAGGACUGGUGCGGUCAGUUCAUGUUGCUCGCAAAGGGUGGAAUCGUGGAUAAUCUCGGACACUCCCAGCAUCUGCUCAUGCCCAAGAAACCCGCGGAGACGGACGAUGCUCCAGAGCGUCAAGAUCUGUCGCGGCUGCAAGAGGUAUUGGCGAUGCUCGUUCUCGGGCGGUCCAAGAUCUUCUUGGACCUGCCAGGAAUCGAAUACCACGUCCAAGAAACAGCCCGGGAGAUCCUGGCAGACCACAUCCUCCUUAACCGAUGGCUGGUGCAAAAGGCUAGAAAAUGUUUCCGUGGUCGGGACCUGGCCAACGAAAAUGGUCUCUCUAAGGUCGGAUAUGCCUACAUCGCACAUGCCCAAAAGGUGGCCUCGAUGCCACAGGCAAUCUCGUACGCUUCGGCCAAGGCUUCUCAAGAGACAGACAGCGAUGUGAGGCUCCAGAAGAUGAUUUCCAGAGAUAUGGAACUCAUCUCUCUGGCCUUGAACGAAAUGAGAGAAGGCAAGGCUGAGGCUCACGAUGGUUCGUCCAGUUCCGAGGACCCGUCAGAGAGCUACGAUGGCGUGAUGGACAUGGACAUGGGCCUCGGAGACGAGGAGCCGGUGCUCGAGCUGCACGAGUCGCGACCGAGAUUUAGAUCAUCGGCACGACGACGACGAAAAUCGCCUACGGCAGCCAGGCACCCCCCGAGCCGGGAACGAAGGGGUCCCGACUCAAGGCCAAGCGGACAGCCUGAUGAGUGA